ACUGCGAGCAAACGGAUCGCGCGUCCGCCGAUGCUCCCUCCUGCCGUCCGCCGAGCCAACGAAUAUACGGCAUCGUCAUUCGCACUCAAGGCGUUUCACUUGUGAGGCAUGCGCCCUACAAUCCACACGCACAUUGAUGUAUCGCAGAGCACAGAUCUGGUUUCUUUAUCUACUAUGCAUAAUUCUGGCAUAUUUUCCACUUAUUGGCGUAAGGGGAAGUAUCACUACAGCCGACACAAAAACCUCGGACUGGUGCAUUGCAGAAUGCAUGUGUCUUUCGAAGACGCAGAUUCUGUGCAACACAGGUGGCCUGACAGACAUACCAAGCAGACUGCCGUCGGACCUCGAGCAGUUGUCACUGUCUAAGAACAACUUCUCGAUCAUCCGCAGCGACGCGUUCGCGCGGCUGCGCUCCCUCAGGAAGCUCAGUCUCGACAACAACCUCGUGGGCAUCAUCAAGCCGUUCGCCUUCCGCGGCCUCAGCAAGCUCGAGAGCCUCUCGAUACAGCACACCUCGCUCGCGCACAUCGACCAGUUCUCCUUCACCGCGCUCCAGAACGUCAGCAGCGUGAUCCUCGCCUACAACAAGAUCGCCUACAUCAUGGGCAAGGCCUUCGCCGGCAGCUCGCAGAUCCAGUACAUCGUGCUCAGCCACAACCCGCUCAAGACCAUCUACAGCAACGCCUUCUCCGGGCUGACUUACGUCGAUCAUCUGCUGCUGCCCGGCGGCAUCAGGAGCAUCGAGCCCGACGCCUUCAACGGACUCGAGUACGUCGGCCAACUCAAGCUCACCUUCAUGGACCUCGAGGGCCUCAAGCCCAACACUUUUCGCGGACUCAAAAACGUGAAGAACCUAAUGAUCCAGACGAGCGACCUUGGAAUCAUCUACAAAGACGCCUUUUUCGGUUUGGAACACAUCGAGGCACUGAAUAUCCUGAGCAACAAGAUCGACGCGAUCGAGGAGUUCCACUUGGCCUCCAAUUUCUCCAUCAACGUACUACGUUUCCACAAGAAUCACGUGCUGCGCGCGCCCAAGUACGGUGACGCCACGUUCCACGUGAACACGAUAAGCGCCGACGGCAAUCACUUUCCGUGCGACUGCCAAAUCCACUUGGUGCUGGAGAGCGACUUCGUAAACGGCUCGGUGGACGAGUUUCGCAAGCACAACUUCUGCAUCGCGACCGCGGACAUCAAUGGCAUGAACAUGAGCUUGGUCAAUCUUGACUCCAUCGCGAGCUGCCACGACCGACUGAUGAAGGACAAUUACGGCUCCGGAGUCAGCAUUGACUUCGGUGCCAUAAGCUUCGUCGUGCCCAUUGCUUUUUACCUGGCGAGGCUUCUUCUCACGUGACUUUCCUCGCCUCUCCGUCACCUACUGUUGGUUGUGCUUGCCUAUAUACAUAUCGUGCGUGUAACACGGCGGGCGAUCGCGUGCUCGACUCUAAGGUUGUGCUCGUUUAUACGACGAAUGUUGCUCGCCGACGAGGCUUCUUCGCUUCUUCUUCUCCUUCCUCUUCUUGUUGUUUUUUCUAGUUUUUUGUUUUUUUGUUUCGAGCCAAACAGCUUCCAGCGCUCCCGUGCAGUCAGUUUGCUUUUGUUCUGCGAGGCAGUACGCAAACAGUAAUAUCACUGAACGAGAGUUGUUGUGCAUGAUGGCGAGCGAGCGCGCUAGGUCGGAGCGUACAUUGAGAUUUCUACUUGAAAAUGAAAUAAACUAACGCCGCGACCGCGUGACAGUUUCCAAUUCAAUUUCGUUCUAUUUCUCGCGGGGAAAUUGUUGAGUCCGCUUGUUUGUCGUGCAAUCAGAGAGCCGAAAUCUCAUCUGCCAAAUACUUGCACGUACGGAUAUAUUAUAUUAUUAUAUAUAUAAAACCGAAGUAAUGUCUGACGCGCGCGCUAUGUAUAUACACGAUAGCUACUCGUCAAUUUCGCCCUGGAGUAAGAUUGUUUAAUUAAACGUCACGUUAUUGUUAAUCGAUUCACGAUAUAUACUCGGGCAACCCGACUAAUUGUUUUCCUCCACUGCGUUUGCGGUACUUUUCGCUUUUUAUCGUCAAGCUCCGGUCGCCGCUCGAGAUAUUUUUGUUAAGUAAAACAGCCCAGUGCAUGCGUGCGGAAUUAGCUAAUUAGAAGGUUGUUGUUCGAGAUAAGCGCAAUUUUGGUGACAAAAUGUUAACAGUACUACGGUCGUUUCGAGGCUAAAAGCUACUUUGAGCUCGAAAUCAUUAUGCAUUAAAUUGACAGCUCAAUAUAUAUCGUUGUUAAUUUUGGGGACGACAUGUCAUUGACGCAAGUAGUGAAAACCUGAUAUUACUUUUUCGAUGCUGUUUGUGAAAGGAAUUGAUUGCUCAACGCGACUACUAGCAAUCAAAAAAAAUCAAAAUUUUUAGCGUUUGUAGAUCAUAUCUGAUUAAACUAGUCAAUAUUAUACUAAAUUUGAAUGUAAUGUUCAGUAAUAUUGAGCUUGCGAAUGUUUUAUAAGAAGUAUUUGUUUUAUCAUCUGAUAUAGCUUACAGAAAAUAGCCACUUUUAGCUUGUAACAAAAAUAAUCUCGCAUAAUUGUACGACGAAAGGUAAAGGAUAGUUUGCUCCCGUCACACUGUUUUUGUGGCAUGAUGUAACAGUAUGUAACACAAAUUCAUUAGUUUAUAUUUGUGGAUAUUCAAUUCGAUACUGUUAAUGGAAAACAAAAAUUUAUUUUUAUAAAUAAGAGCAAAAAACCUUUAGCUAACUCAUUCAAUCUGCAGCCGUGGAAUAUACUAUGUCUGACUAAACGCGGAUUUGUUCUCCUUAGACGUAUGUCGCCGUUGCCAUUUAUCAAGUAUUUCGAUAAAAAUAUGUUCAAAUAAAAUAGCUUGUAGUGUGUAAUAUCCUGAACACAGAAGAAAGUAUUCAAACGAAUGAAAGUACUAGAAUAUGAAUGAAAUAGAAAAAUCAGAGGCUCGUUGCGUCUUGAUCUUUCGAAAUAUUGAUUACGUAAUUCAUAAGUUUAAUAAUACUUUAUCGUUAUAAUGAAACUGUAUAAUGCAAAUUACACAUGUAAAGCAUAACUUCAUGAAGUAUAUCGAAAUUCACUUAAUGAGCUUUGAACGAAAAUGAUUACGCUGAGAACAAACCACUUGCGUAUCAAAAACGCGUUAGUGGACAAAUUUAUGCAAAAACCGAUUUUGAAGGUUUCGAAGUAUAAUGAAAGUAAAACAAUAGCUUAUAAGAAUUUUUGAAGUCUAUAUUAUUCUUAUGCGCGUAAAAAAUAUAUUUUAAGUGAAAUUAGAGUCUGUCACCUUGAAAUUCGAACCAGACAUCCUAAAAAUAAAAUUGAUUUCGAGUUGUAUAGAUUAUUUUUUAAUCAAAACAUUAGAAUCCCACUUGUAUAAAUAAAAUUACAAUUUCGAAUAACCAGUUCUAGGCAAGCCAAUUUACAUAUCAAUAAAAAAAAGGUUGGUGAUAUUUAUACAUGAAAAAUACGGUACAUAUUCGCAAGGAUAAAUUUACUUAACGUAGGUUGGCCUAAUGCUAAUGACAUUUUAUCUUUGAAUCGAAAUUUAAUUGAGGCAAUAAUGCUUUUAAACGAAACUUACUUACACCUACAUACGCUUUGCAGAAGAUUGAUCACAUGUUACUAAUUUGUUAUUCAUCAAAUGAGUAGAAGUAAAUACGAACGUAUACAUAUCGCAUUGAGUAAUUUCGCAAAUGCAAAUAAGAACGAUUUGCAAAAUACUGCAAAUAAAUGAUAUGUUUGCCGAACAUUACAUAUCACUUAUUUGAUAAAGAAACCAUUUGGUCACCGCGGUUUUUGUUCAUAUGGCGAUAGACUCUAAAAAUCUGCUAUAAGUAUGAUCAAAAAAAGAAAGUAUUGUAUUUUUAAGUCUUUCGAAUUUUCAUAGUGAUUUUGCAACAUGAAAGUAUUGUCGAUAAAUCUAUAGGCUAUUUCAAAUUAUAUAUUUGAAUGAUAAGCCGCUGUUUUAGAAUUUGAUAUGAAACGGUAUAUAUUCUCAUUAAAUUGUAUUAGAAAUUUAAAAUGGAGUUUGAAAAUAUUGAUCUGAAGUAUUUUUAAUUAAGAUAAUGUUCUUAUAUUAACAAAGAAGCUACCUGAUUGUUGCAUAUUAUUAGAAAGUAAACAUCAUUUACUUUUUUAUAAACAUUCUCUAUUAAACCGAUUUAUUUUUAUCCUUAAAUUUGUUAUAAAAAUUCCGCUCUUGACGAGGGUUGUGCCAAGUAUACCUUGCGCUUAACAGUUGCUAGAAUAUUACAUCAAUUUAGAUUUAUAGUGUCGAAGGAAGUAGGAUAGCUAAAAUAAUUUAUAGUUCGUUAAAAUGUCAAUUUUUGCGAUGUCCCCAAUUUAUGUCACCGACCAUGAAUAAAUUUUGCAGAGUGAAAAGAACGACGUAUUGCACAUGAAAGUUUUACGCAUGCAGUCAUAUAUGGUAUACCGAAUUGAACGUGCAAGGUUGUUUCUUCAUCACAGUUCUUCUUUGCUGAUUUAUACUUUAUAAGGCUUUUGCCAAAGUAGACGAUAAUAGUAAAAAAGGACUGAAACUUUUAUAUACAUUUUUUCAAUUUUCCUUGAUAAACAAUGUAAUUCAAUGCUUGGAUUAUAAAUCGAGAUAAAAAGAUAGAACAAGCAAACGAAAAAUAGAACGUUUUUCAGCAUUUGUAAGUUCUAAAAAACAAUCAAGAUCAAGUCCUAUUUUCAAGCUGUAUGGCAAACUAUUGUAUAAGAAUUUGCUUGGCCUUCAGUCAGCAUACUAACCGAGGACCAACCUAGCUUGUAUUUUUUAUUAAUGUCAGCAAAGAAUGUAUACGC